AUGUCAUUCCCUAAGGCGCCUAUCAAAAGGUUCAACGAGGAUGUCGGUUGUGCUCCUGCUCCCGGAUCGUAUGAUAUAAAAACCGCUGAUGGUCUUAAAGGACCUGUGUCAUUUGACAAGUCCCAGAGGUUUAGAACAAAGAAGGAUUCCAAUGGUGAAGGUGAGACUGAGAGAGAUGAACCAACUUCUCCUGUGCGUCUGCGCAAACAUUUUUCUCUCGGAUCUACGCCAAACUUGAGACAAAAACCUGAAAAAGAUAAAGAAUUCUUGAGGGAAAGGAAGAAACAGGAUUCUUUGGAAAAAGAGAUUCGCGGCCUUUUAAAAGAACGUGCUGAGCAAGACAAAAAACUUCAAGCUUUGGAAGAAGAAUUCAGAAAAACAGAGUUAAAACUAGUAAAUGCUGUGAGAGAGAAGACUUCACUCAGUGCAGGCAUUGCAUCCUUGGAGAGACAGAUGGCUGACUUGAGGAAAGUGAAUGACCUGCUAAAAACUAAGUUUUCUGAUGACGGCUCGAAAAAGAAAAUUGACAACCUGUGCCAGGAACUAAUGGAAGCUAAAAAUAGACUGGUUGCAAAGGACAAGGAGAUUAUCGGUCUUCAAGCCAGCUUUGAAGAACAAAUUGAAGCAAUGCAGAAAAGUUUGGCUACAUCGAAAGCAGCUUUAGAAUCGCUUAAAGAAAACGACUCUCUUCUCGAGGAAAAUCAUAAAGUAGCAGCUCGGAAUGAACUUUUGGCAGGGGAACUAAACCAAACCCAGGCUGUAGUUGAAGAACUCAGAGGAGAAAUCAAAAACCUGGAGAAUUGCCUUUCAAGUGCCCAAGAGCAAAUGCAGGACCUUAAACUUGAAUUAACCAGCAAAGAACAGGAAUAUGAGCGUAAACUGGAAAUUGUAACCUCUCAGAUGGCUGAACAGAGUAUGACUUCCAGCUCCCUGCUUCUAGAAUUGCAAAAUGUACAAGAGGAGAUGAUGAAAGAAAGGUGCCUUUUGGAGGAGGAGCUUGAAGGGACGCUGGAUGAUCUUGACAAAUUGCAACUACAGGAGGAGGCAGCAGAGAAAAUAAUCAUGCAACUGGAGCAAGAGAAUAAGCAGAGGGCAGAAGAGCUUGCACAACUAGAUGAAACUCUUAAAGGCUCCCUGCUUCUAGAAUUGCAAAAUGUACAAGAGGAGAUGAUGAAAGAAAGGUGCCUUUUGGAGGAGGAGCUUGAAGGGACGCUGGAUGAUCUUGACAAAUUGCAACUACAGGAGGAGGCAGCAGAGAAAAUAAUCAUGCAACUGGAGCAAGAGAAUAAGCAGAGGGCAGAAGAGCUUGCACAACUAGAUGAAACUCUUAAAGGCUCCCUGCUUCUAGAAUUGCAAAAUGUACAAGAGGAGAUGAUGAAAGAAAGGUGCCUUUUGGAGGAGGAGCUUGAAGGGACGCUGGAUGAUCUUGACAAAUUGCAACUACAGGAGGAGGCAGCAGAGAAAAUAAUCAUGCAACUGGAGCAAGAGAAUAAGCAGAGGGCAGAAGAGCUUGCACAACUAGAUGAAACUCUUAAAGGGAAAAAUGCAGAGCUGGCAAGAGCAAAGGAGAAACACAGGAAGAAAAUGUUGCAACUGAAAGCGGAGCAGAAUGAUCUAUUAAUGCAGCUUGCUGAAUUUAAAAGUUUUAAGACUACAGCAGCAACAGAAAUUGACUCAUUGAACAUGACAAAUUUGUCCCUAAUGGAUAGAAUUGCCCAGGUGGAAAUGGAUAAAGAAGCUCUAGAAUGGCAGCUUGAGGAAAAUUCAAAGAAAAGUGAAUCACUGGAACAAAAAAAUUGUCAACUACAAGAGGAAUCCUUGAAAAUAAAAGAAAGUUUGGAAAACAGGCUGUGUGAGCUCCAAGAAGUCUCAAGAACAACUGAGGAAAGACUGCAGCAAGAGCUGAAUGAUCUUCAGCAAGCCUCUUCCAAAAUGAGCGAAGAAUUACAGCAGAAGCUCUUUGAGCUUCAAGAAACUUCUACCAAAACAAGAGAAGGGUUGGAGCAACAACUUAAAGAGGUCCUGGACAGCUCAGCCAAAGCAAAGGAGGAACUAGAGCAGAAGCUUCUCAACUUUCAAGAAACCUCGGACCAAGAAAAAAGGGUAUUAGAAAAACAAUUUCUUGAACUUCAGGAAACGUCUGCUAUUACAAGGCAACAGCUUUUCUACGAAAAGGAAACCUCCUCCAAAGCAAAAGCAGAACUGGAGAAUCGGCUUCUUGAACUCCAGGAAAUCUCUUUAAAAUCUAAGACUACAUUGGAAGGCCAACUUUUUGACCUACAAGGGACAAAGGAAGCCUUAGAGCAGCAGCUUCUUGAGGUCCAGGAGACUUCAGGAAAAACAAAGCAAUUAUUAGAACAGCAGCUACUUGACUAUCAGGAAAGUGCAACAAAAACUAAGGAAGAAUUAGAGCAGCAAGUUGAUGAACUUAAGACUGUUGCCACCAAAACUCAGAAAGAGCUGCAAAAAAAACUUCUUGACAUACGAGAGGCCUCCACGAAGACCGUUUGUGAGUUAGAGCUGCAAGUGCUUGAACUUCAGCAAGAACUAGCUAAAACAAAAAAUGAUGCAGAGCAAAAGCUUCAAGAACUUCUAAAGAAUAAUGAAACAAUGGAAAAAGAAAUUCAGGAGAUGAACAAGGCUUCAGAAAUCAUAAAAGAAGAGUUGAAGGGACAACUACUUGAGCUGCAAGAAUCCUUUACGAAAACAAAGGAAAACCUAGAGAAACGGCUUCAAGAAUGUCUCGAGACCGCUGCUAGAAGAGAUGAAGAGUUUGAACAACAAAAUAAACUAAAAAACCUACAUAUUUUAUCGUUACAACAAGAGCUUUCAAGGCAAGCUUGUGAAAAUGAAGAAACAGUCAAAUGGCGCACUUUGUAUGAGGAAUUAUUCAAUAAAGUUAGGCCAUUUCAGCAACAACUGGAUGCUUUCGAAGCUGAGAAAAAUGCCUUGCUUAAUGAGCGUGGAGCAGCACAGGAUGAACUAAACAAACUUAGUGAGGCAUAUGCCAAGCUGCUUGGUCAUCAGAAUCAAAAACAAAAGAUAAAGCAUGUUGUGAAACUGAAAAACGAAAACAUUCUACUCAAACAGGAACUUGCAAGUGUGAGAUCUGAAUUGUCAAUAGAAAAGCAAAAUAAAAAGAAGCUACAGGCUCAGCUGAAUGAUUUGAAGGGAAUGAAGCAGCAUGAUCCAGCCAAAGCUUUUCAUCACGAUGUCAAAAGGAACAUUCAGCCAAGAGCUCCAUUAAAAGAUGGAAACAGAAAUAUGUCCUGA